UGUUUUACUAACUGUAUGAAUCUUGUUGCACAUGCGGAAUCCAAGCUGGAGGAGGCACUGAAAAUUGAUCCCAGCAAGGCUGAUGCACUCUGGUGCUUGGGAAAUGCUCAGACCUCUCAUGGAUUCUUCACUCCAGAUACAGGGAAGGCAAAUGAGUACUUUGUGAAGGCAACCGAGUGUUUCCAGAAGGCUGUUGACGUGGAACCUGCAAAUGAUCUGUACAAGAAGUCUUUGGACCUGUCAUCUAAGGCACCUGAACUGCAUUUGGAGAUCCAUAGGCAAAUGGCUUCUCAGGCGGCAGCGACACAAGCAUCCUCAGCCUCAAAUCCAAGGCAAUCAAGGAAGAAGAAGGAGGAUACUGACUUCUGGUAUGAUGUUUGUGGAUGGGUGAUCCUUAGUGUCGGCAUUUUUGCUUGGGUCGGAAUGGCCAGAGCAAACAUCCCCCCUCCACCACCACCGCCAGCAAGGUGAACCGGAUGCACCGCCACCAGAACCUUGCAAAUGGCGUAGCCGCAUAUCUGUGUCAAGUGCCUCGACAUGAAUCUUGCUAGGAGUUAGUUUGUGUAUGGAAGAGGAAAUGGUGUUUCCAUGUUACGGUUUGGUCACAUUUUCAUGCCUGUUUUCCUUUCGACCCUUGAUGAGGUUUCCUCUGUCAUCGACGUACGGUGCUGGAUAGUUUUGUACUUGCUUACCUUGGCUGCUGUUUUGAGGUUAA